AGAUUCACGCAUGGGAAAAAUAUCUCCACCCUUUUCCCUCACAGGAGCUAACUUGUAAAGGUGUGUGAACAGCGCAAAGCUUCAGUUUCGAGUUGCUCCUCAUGAGAAACUGCAAAUUAUAGAGGAACAAUCAGAGCAAUAGCGAAGUGCUCUUUGAAGUUGGGGACACAACUGGGGGGGGUAUGGAUGGAACACAGACUCAGGGAAGACAUGACGCCCUUUCCUGGUUCACUGAGUUCCAACUGGACUGUGUCAUCAGGAAUGGGGUAGUUCCAGAAUGGUUCCAUGGCAUUAUUUCCAGGAAGGUUGCUGAGGAAAUGCUCCUGUCCAAUCCCACAGGCUACUUCCUGAUCCGUGUCAGUGAAAGCAGGAUAGGAUACACACUCUCCUAUCGUGCCACUGAUCGGUGCAGGCACUUCAUGAUCGAUGUGCUGAAGGACAAUCGCUACAUUAUUGUAGGAGAGGACAUGCAUCACAGCUCACUGCAAGACCUGGUGAACUUUCACCGCAGGGUGCCUAUCAUGCCUUUCAAUGAGCUGCUGACUGUAGCUUGUGGACAGGUAUCAAAGGACAAGACUGAUUAUGCAGAACUGUUAUUCCCCAAAAGACCAGCCAUGAACCCUAAUCAUGGUGUGUUGCCAAAUAACCCCCCACACAUGCACAGUAGUACUCAUCUGAAAGUAGCUGAGGACAUUCCACCUGCCCUCCCACAUCGUCCCAGCACAUUGAGUGACCCUGCCGGCCCACCUCCAAACACUAGCACACCACCUGUAUCUCCAAACACCCCUUCUCCCAGACUCUACCCCUGCCUGGAGACUGAGUUAAACACACUGAGCUUCCAAACCCCAAGCAUGGUAGAUCAUUCUGCUAAACCAGUGCCAUUGCCCAGGAAAAUGCAUGUAGUCACCAUGGCCCAGCCGGACCAACCUCCUGAGUUACCUGCCAGAGGCCCUGCUCUACCACAGAGAAAGGACACGGACCAGAGCAGCACAACAUCUAAAGGUCCCACAGAACCCAGGACUGUGGGUACAGGCAGACCACAGACCCGACCAAACACACACCACCAGGACCCAAACUCCAACCAACAGAAGAAUCAAGAUGUAAAGUCCGUGGUCAGCAACCUGAGCUACUUCAGGAGGAAGUUCCAUAAGAAGAGAAGUGCCUCUCAGGAGCACAUGUAUGCAGAGAUUAGUGUGGAGGAUGAGCAGGGGCAAGACCAGGGGAAACUCACAGCCGUGGAGGCUAGAGAUAGGGAUAUUGAUACAGCUGCUGAUAACGAGUAUCAGAUGCUACCAGGAGAGAUUGACAAUGGCCUUCCACCCAUCACUGCUGUCACCUCUGUUAGACCCACGGACUGUGGGUUACUGUCAGAGUAUCUGAACCCUCCUCCUUUUGCCCCUGGAUACUAAUGUCCACUUCUCUACCCUCAGGAUGGCUGGGUGGCCAAACGGACACAUGCAUUUUGAGAAGGCACUGAUGAGUUAAAGUUAGUCUGAAGAUUUUCUAAUUUAACUGAAUAUAUCUAGAAUCUCUUUUACAACGUAACAUUGAGAACUAUUUAUGUCUGCAACCAGCUCUGGUUAGUGAUUUGACAAUAUCCAAUGUUUUUUUUUACAGUGCUAUGUAUGGUAAACUAUUUCAUAUCAAAUGUGAAAAUACUUUUGUUUUAUUUAAUUUGAUGUGAGGAAUUAUGUUAGACAUCUAUGUAUUAUUUUCAUUAAAAUACAACCAUGGCAAAUACCU